AUGAUGCCUUUAAAGACACCUCUGCCGUCCAGUAAAAACAAGAACUCUGCUGCUCCCACUUCAAACAUCACUCUGAAAAAUGACGUCUAUUGUGUCAACAGUGCAGACGUGAGAUGUCAAGAGGCCACUUCAAAUGGAUCACCAAAAUAUAGGAAAUAUGGGUCUCGUCUUGGUGGGGUCAAAGUUCGCCAUAAGAGGCAGGUGUUGCAGGAUAUGGCAAGGCCACUCAAGCACUGGCUUUACAAACACCGGGACAACCCUUAUCCCACCAAAACUGAGAAGGUUCUAUUGGCUCUGGGAUCACACAUGACACUAGUGCAGGUUUCAAACUGGUUUGCCAAUGCCCGGCGGAGGCUGAAGAACACAGUGAGGCAGCCUGACCUGAGCUGGGCCCUGAGGAUCAAACUGUACAACCAGUACAUCCAGGGCAACGCCGAGAGACUGAGUGUGUGCAGCGAUGAUACAGACACAGACACAGACGAAUGCCCACUACAGGCCCAGAUUCGACCCUCAGAUUUUGGCAGGAUGUCCUCCCACCAGAGCACCCUACAAUCCCAGAGCAGAGUCCUCUCCAGCGGGGAUGAUGGGGUGUCAGGCCCCUCCAAAUACAAGAGCAGUUUACUGAACCGCUACCUGAACGACACGCUGCGUCACAUGAUGGGGGCGGAGCGAGUGGCGGGCACAGGCAGGAAGCGGAGGAGCCACUCCGAGUCCUUCAGCUCCAACGACUGUGAGCGGGAUGUGGCGUCGCCAGCAUCAUCAUACAGCACAGAGGCCAACUACGUCUACCACAUGGACCCUGUCGACUACACCUCUACUAAGUCUGGCAGUGAGCCACAGCAUGGAGGCGACCCUGGCUGGAGAGAGUUGCACGCUGCAGUGGCCCUGACCAGCCUGGCCCAGGGACAGAGCAGUGGAGUGUCCAGAGAGCCCCUUGCUGUCUGCAGGACCCCUCCUUUGGACAGACCGUGUGCCAAACCCCACCCCUCUUGCCCCGCCCUCACCAGCCGCAUCAUCCAGAAGUCCUCUCACAUCGCUGAAGUCCAGACUGUCAGGGUGGCUCUGGCAAACUGUGUGUAG